UGCUUCCAAAUGUGUUCAGAGUAGACAAUAUUUUAAAUGUAGAAUUAACAUAUGGACAUAUUGUUCAUAAAAAUUCAAAGAUAAAUAUCUGCUUUGUCUACUGUUCUCCAAAGUUUGCAUCUUUUGAUCUGUAUAAGAGAAUUCUCGCUAAAUAGCAUAGCAAAUAUGAUCUUGGAAAACCACAUAUUAUCAUGGGAGACUUUAAUUUAGAUUUUAAUAAUGUAAAAAUGCUUCCAAGUCAUUUAAGGUCAGCGUAUUCUCUGUACCAAUUGAUUGACUACACUAUAACAAACUAUAAUUCAAUCUUAGACCAUAUAUAUACAAAUGUUGAUAGAGGUCAAAUUCAUUCCACUGGAACGAUAGAAUCGUAUUUCUCAGAUCAUAAACCAAUUUUCAUUGCUUUGAAGUAAUUUGGAAAAAAAUCAAAAUGAAGCAUAUUUUCAUGUACUUUUUUUCUCCCCAUAAAUGAAAACCCUGAGGGAAAUUUUCGAUGACAGUGGGGCAGCAAUUACACCUUAUAACACAGCUCUGAAGGUCAAAAUAUGUGGUUUGGGACAAAUCUCAACAUACAGAAAUGCAAGUGGGGAGCAAACGCAGUCCCUUCCCAUGGGGAUUGCUGACAGAACCAUGGCAGCUAAAGGAAUGGUGUAUGAUGUGUCAAAGGCCAGUUCGCUCAAAGUGGCAAGCACUGUGAUGCUUCUCAAUGUCAUCAUCAAGAGGGAAAGUAGAGCCAUUGUGAUGACUAACAGAUCAAAACUGUUGAUGACAGGGCCCUUUGCAGAGGCGAUCCCAGCUCAGCUAGUACAACAAGGCCUGGAAUUGGCCUGUCCACCACCAUCUGAACUGGUGGCCAUCAACAAGAUAAAAUCAUCCACCCCAAAGUCCAUGGUGUCCAUCAGAGGGCAGGUGGUUUCUGAGGAAAUAGAAAGGACAGCUAAAGUAAAUGGGGAGGACACACUAGUUAGGAGUUUGAAAAUAAAGGAUGAAACGGCUUCCUGCAAGGUGUCCUUAUGGAGGGGACUCAGCAAAACAAAAACUGCCGUUGGGAGUCAUCUGGAGAUAACAAACGUCAUCGUACAGGUGUACAAUGACGAAAAGUCUGUCUCUACCACGUCAAGAUCCAAGAUGCUGUCGUCCAAGCCUGCAAACAUGACAAGGAAUGACAACAGGGUUAGACAGAAGCUGCGGUCACAAGAUCCAGAGGAUAUAGAUUUUGUGUUUGGCAUGGGGAUCAUGGAGCACCAAAUGCCAGACUUCACACAUGUUGAUGUCUAUGUUUCUGGUCGUAGACAUCUUUGGAACUGGAGUGUGUUCGUGCUCUCCAUUAGCAGCAACACAGAUGUAGAAGGAUGGCACAACAAGCUUAACGGCAGAUUUGUCCAAAGAGUAAAUGUAAAUGUUCAGGAAAACAUCGCAGAAGAGGAGAGACAUAUACUUAAUCCACUUCCGGCUGCUGUGAAGACUGUCAUCUAUAACGAUGAACAAUGA